AUGCUUAUUUCAUGUUAUUUUAAUUGUGCUUUCUCCCCCCCCCCGCAGUUUGUCAACAAUCAAAAGCUGGACCUUUGUGCGGCGCUGGUGCGUUCGGGCGACUGGAAGAGUGCCCAACAGAUACUUGAUCGUUUUCCAGGUCACUGGAUUGGUUCACAUGCUCCCCUGAACAAGGCCAUCUGUGAUCUCAUUCACUUUUUGGUCGACCCUCUGUAUGAAAGCGUCUGCCCCCUGCCCAGCUGUCUUAUGAAAUGUCGCAAGAAACCACAAACGCCCGAACUCUUUGCCACUGGAUCGACUACCGUACUAGACCUACAACCCGCUACCGACUUUCAGAGCCUUGGUCGCUUCGUCUUACCCAUCACCGGCUACCUGGGACCCUUCCUCUCGCACGAUGUGGUCCUGAUAGUGAAGCUCUGUCGCAUCUGCAUCCCCUACGUCUCCCUGCUUGCCUCACGUAAAGCCUCUCCGGACGUUGUCUACCAGGCCAUUUUUAACAUGCUCGAUGAGUCCAUCCUACCCGCCCUGAACAUGGUG